AUGGCCGAUUCAGAGUGGUCUCCGCCAACGUUUACCGUUGGCCAACAUGAAUCUGAGAGGAAAAUACGCAUCACCAAUGAGAUAUCUCAAUUGGCUCAUGAUGGUGGCUAUGAUAUGCUUACCACCCCAGUAACAACACCGCAUUUCCAAUCGCGGGUCCUUUCUCUACUCUCUAGCCAUCUCUCCAGCUCACGACAGCCCGUCCAGGACCCAACUGGCACCUUCUUCACCUCUCGCAACACUUCGCCUCUUAAAAUUCCCUCGUUUACGACAGCAGAUACAAACUUGAGACCUGAUGGAGCCAAUAGCCAUGUGGUUGCCGUCUCAAGUCGAUGGAUUGACCUUUGCUCCCCAGACCCUCUGAUUGCCGAUAUAUCCCGCCAAGUUUUGCUUUUGGAACUUGCCUAUGCUGCCUUUUGCGGAGCUCAUUAUGCUCUUAUUCAUGGGCCGAGACUACAUCACGGGAACUUGCACGGAGAUGGGCUAAUAUACUAUGCACGAGCAAUCCAGGAAGUUUUGAAUACUGCACCAUAUAUUCGUGUUAAUAUUUGGCUACCCGUGGUUGAUAGUCCCGAGUUGGAAACAAACGAAAUGGGAGACCUUUCUCCGUUUGCAAGGCGCGAGUAUUUGGACAACUCUCAACCAGAAGUAUCUCCAAAAUUGGAUAUAUUUGGAACGUGGGAUGCAUGGAACAUCAUUAGGAAAGUUUGUAAAUACCACACCAGACUCGUCGUAGCACUGUCACUGCCUCGACAACUUCCCCCAUCAACAGUGCAAUCAAGAUGGUUAUCAGAACCUGUUCGCAUUAUUACUUUGGCGAGCGCAUCGUUCGUGAAGAACCAGAAAAGCUUCCCUGUACUCAGCAAGGCACACCAGUCGUACAUCUUCCGCGCCAUGCGUGGUGUACCGCCGUGGAUUUUCCUAUGCGAUGUCGGUCCCAUUCCAGGGAUAGAGAAGAUGGGGAACCAUGCUCCAACCCCAGCUGAAGCAGCUCGAUCUCCAAAGAAAAAAGAGGAUAUAGUACCUCAUCUAUCGUAUAUACGAAAUUUAGAGCAGAAGCAGCCACAUUGGACACGUGUGGAGAACUUCACUCUUGGAUAUCAAGACUAUCUACAGGCUCCGCUACAGCCGCUUACAGUCAAUCUCGAGAGUGUCACAUAUGAGGUUUUUGAAACAGACCCGGUGAAGUAUGAGUGGUAUGAGCGAGCCAUUGCUAAGGCUCUGAAGGACUGGGCUCUGGAAAAGAAACCAACAUCUAACCCUGAUGGUCGAGUGGUACUGGCUGUUGUCGGUGCUGGGCGUGGACCUUUGGUUUCAAGGGCAAUUCGUGCUAGUGUUGAAGCUGGUGUCGAUAUAAAAUUAUGGGCCCUGGAAAAGAACCAGAACGCAUUUGUCCAUCUCCAGAGGCAAAAUGAGGCGGUAUGGGGUGAGAGUGUGACAUUAGUGCACUCUGAUAUGAGAAGCUGGAAGGGACCAGGUCGUGAAAUCCCAGCUCAAGAUGUUGCCGCUGAAAAUGGGAAGCCUUCCAUGGUUCAUUACCCAGUCGAUAUCAUUGUUUCCGAACUUCUAGGUUCUUUCGGCGACAAUGAACUAUCGCCUGAAUGUCUCGAUGGUGUUGAUCAUCUUUUAAAUCCAGUUCACGGAAUUUCCAUCCCAACUUCAUAUUCGUCGCAUAUUACACCGAUUUCGGCUCCCCGCCUUUACGCAGAUAUUCAAAAUCAAACUAUAUCAAAUCCAGCAGCACCAGAGACUCCAUAUGUUGUCAUGCUACAGGCCUUUGACUACCUUUCCACCGCUCCCUCAAUUCGUUCUAGUUCCGGUAGCGCCUCCACGAGCACCGCGACGCUGACUUCAAGCUCAACUCCAUCUACAACACCACCACCCAUUAAAGAAGUCGAUACACCGAUAAUCAAAACGGCCUGGUCAUUCUCGCAUCCGAAUCCAAAUCUACCAGAGGAGUCUAUGUCUUCAUCUAGGCCCUCUAAUUCCCACAACACUCGACAAACGCGACUUACUUUCCCAUGCAGUGUCGGUGGAACGUGCCAUGGUUUGGGAGGAUAUUUUGAAACAGUGUUAUAUGGAGACGUCGAGCUGUCUACUAAUCCUCUAACUAUGGAUGCCAAAAGCAAAGAUAUGAUAAGCUGGUUCCCUAUUUACUUCCCUUUGAAGAGCCCAAUAUAUGUCUCUGAAAAUUCCGAUAUCGUACUGACCAUGUUUAGACAAACAGAUGAUCGGAAAGUCUGGUAUGAAUGGAUGGUUGAAGUAUUUAUGUAUCGGAAUGCUACAGAUAUGCGUGGAGGAGGCCAGUCUAAACGGAUACGGGUUGCAAUGAGUGACAUCCACUCUAGUAUCCGAGAUGGAUGUUUGAUGUAA